UCAUGUUUUAGUUACUCGUCAUGUCGUCUGUCCACCAGCAUGCUCUGCUCAUCUGCUGCUUAUUCGGCCUCUCUUCGAGUUUCCCGCCAAAUGAUAUUUCGGGUGAAUCAAGAACUCAGUCGCACAAUUCCAUCACAAUAGACGCCGUAUUUCAAACAACUGCCUUGUUUUUGGAUAAGUUCAACCUGGUAAAUGAUACAGGACAACCAUCCGCUCAAAAGAUUCAAGCAUAUUUUGGAACAGGUAACAGGUUUUUUUUUUGGUUGAUGUUGUUUUUCAAAUAAACUUUUAUAUCUCCAUUUAGAUUUAAAGAUUUUUAAAAAAAAAAAAAUAGUUGAAGUAAGAAAUAAAUUUCAUUUGAAUGAAGGUAUGAACUGCAACGCUCAAUCACGCCCGCUUACUUUUCGCGAAGCGGGUGUGAAAUGCGAAAAGUAGGCCGAUGUGAAGGGUAGCGGUUCAUACAUGUACCCUCAUUAUUUUAAAAAACGAAAUUUAUUUUCUAUUAUUUACAUUCUACUUUCAUUUCUGUCGGAAUUCCCAGCCGUUAAAAUCGAUGUACUAUAUCUAAUCAAGAUUCAUACGCGCUAUGUUUACAACUGCAACGCGUUUAUGAGGAUAUGGUUAAUCAUUAUAAUUUGUAAAGAUAUCAAAAGCAAAACCAUUGGAGAUACAUAUAUAGAUGAUGUUUACUAGUAUGAAAGUGAUUGCUUUGGUAGUUUUAUAGCUUUAUUCUAUAUGGAAGUAUGACCGUAGUAGCCUGUCAUGUAAAGAGACAGCAAGAAAAAUUAGUUACCAACUUCUUAUCCAAUCAAAAGUGCUAUACUAGUAACCAGGUUACUUAUUUUGAAUACACUUGCAUGUAUCACGUGGAUUUAAAUGGAAAGGAAUCAUUUUUCAUAUCAGAAUAUGCUUUGAAAUUCCAGAUACUAUGCUUGAUUUGGUGAGUUACAUAAAAUCCCGUUAAGUUUCAAGUAUACUGUAAAACCUUGAGUAACUGAGUGUUUACAAAAAUAUUUGAUUACAUGAAAAGGAGAGAAUUUCGUAAUGGAUAAUACCAUACAGUCUGAGCUAUCAUCCUUUGUUCAAUCAGCUUUACUCAUCAAAAGUGUUGAUGGAGAGUAACCUUGACUUUCAAGUUUCUCUUGAAAUUAAGCCCUGAUUGAGAUGUUGCAUUAUAUAUGUAGGAAUAUGAUAUACAGGUACAGGGGUUUCAACUGUUUCGUUGAAAGUCAGCAUUUCGCAAAUUCUAUGGUCGUUAUAACGAUCUAGUUCGUCAAUACAACCUAUCAUAGGGUCAAUGCUCUCUGACGUGUUUCAUACCGAUUGUUAGGCCGUUCUUGGCACACUGAUGUUGACUACGAAUAACUCCAUAUACCUGAUCAAGAUAUAGGGCUCACGGCGGGUGUGGUCGGUCGACAGGGGAUGCUUACUCCUCCUAGGCGACCGUGUUUGCCCAACUCUCUAUAUUGUAUUGCUUAUAGGGGUUAUGAGAUUGAUCGCUCGCUGUUCGUUGUUUUCACUUUUCAUACAAGAAGAGGAGUAAUUUUGAAAUAUGAAUCUGUCAUCAAUUUUCAAUAUUAUGCCUUGGGAAAUCCUUUUGAUGGGUGAAUGUAUUGUAGAAACAUUGAAUUUAGACCUAUUUUCAGAUGUCAUACUUUGAGGAAUCACCUACCAUUUUGAUUAAAAAACUGUAAAAAUUCCUUAUCUAAAGAAUGUUUAAGUAGCCGGCAAAAAUCAAGCAUGGUAUCUGGAGUCUUUUAACUUAAUACCUCUUCAUCUAAAUAAACGUAACAAUCAGAUUCAAACCCAGUAAUAUGUUUCGUGUAGCUGGUUACUAGUAAAUUUAUUCUUUCUUGUAGCUAUUAAUAGCUAGCCUUUAUCACGUUAAGUUGCUAAUUGCUAGUUGCUAUAUCCUUUCUUCCUUGUAGAUAUUAGUAGCUAGCUUUUCUCACAUUAAGUUGCUGGUUACUAGUAGCUAUAUUCUUUCUUCAUUGCAGCUAUUAGUAGCUAGAUUUUCUCACGUUAAGUUGCUAUUGCUAGUUGCUAUAUCCUUUCUUCCUUGUAGCUAUUAGUAGCUAGCCGUUUUCACGUUAAGUUGCUGGUUGCUAGAUGCUAUAUCCUUUCUUCCUUGUAGAUAUUAGUAGCUAGAUUUUCUCACAUUAAGUUGCUGGUUGCUAGAUGCUAUAUCCUUUCUUCCUUGUAGCUAUUAGUAGCUAGCCGUUUUCACGUUAAGUUGCUGGUUGCUAGAUGCUAUAUCCUUUCUUCCUUGCAGCUAUUAGUAGCUAGAUUUUCUCACAUUAAGUUGCUGGUUGCUAGAUGCUAUAUCCUUUCUUCCUUGUAGCUAUUAGUAGCUAGAUUUUCUCACAUUAAGUUACUGGUUGCUAGAUGCUAUAUCCUUUCUUCCUUGUAGCUAUUAGUAGCUAGCCGUUUUCACGUUAAGUUGCUGGUUACUAGUAGCUUAUCCUCUACUCCUUGUAGCUAUUAGUAGCUAGCCUUUCUCACAUUAAGUUGAUAGUAACUAGUUGCUAUAUCCUUUCUUUCUUGUAGCUAUUCGUAGCUAGAUUUUCUCACAUUAAGUAGCUGGAUACUAGUAGCUAAAUGGAUAUCCUUUCUUCCUUGUAGCUAUUAGUAACUAGAUUUACUCACGUUAAGUCGCUGUUUACUAGUAGCUAUAUACUUUCUUCCUUGUAGCUAUUAGUAGCUAGCCUUUUAGCCGAGUUGCAACGAAGUUGAACUCGGCUAUUGGUUUGGUGAUGCAGGCGGGCGUGAACAAUUGGUUUCCGGAUGAUAACUCAAAAGAUUUACAAUCUAAUCAAAUGAAACUUUAAUAUGUUGUUGGGUACCAGAUAAAGAAGACCCCUAUUAAUUUUGGAGAAAAAUGGUCAAAGGUCAAGAUCACAGUGACCGAAAAUAGAAUGAAAAUUUCAGAAAAAUUUGGUUUCCGGAUGAUAACUCAGAAAGUUUAAAUCCGAAUCAAAUGAUACCUAAAUAUAUUGUUAUGUACCAGGUAAAAAAGACCCCUAUUGAUUUUGGAGAAAAUAGGUCAAAGGUCAAGGUCACAGUGACCGAAAAUAGAUUUAAAAUUCCAAAAAAUUUGGUUUCAGGAGGAUAACUCGAAAUUUUUUUUAUUUGAAUUAAAUGAAACUUGGAUAUAUUGUUGGAUACCAACAAAGCAGGGCCCCUAUCGAUUUUGAAGAAAAAAAGAUCAAAGGUCAAGGUCACAGUGACCGAAAAUAGAUUGAAAACUUCAGACAAAUAUUGUUUCUGGACAGUUACUCGAAAAGUUUAAAACUGAAAUUAGUUUUUCACAAUUAUAAAUAUGCCACAUCAUUCCUGACUUUACAAUGUAUCCCAUGCAACUCGUCUCAUGCACCCCUGGAUGCAUAUAUUGAUUUUCUCAUGUUAAGUAGCUGGAUACUAGUAGCUUAUCCUUUCUUCGUUGUAGCUAUUAGUAGCUAGCCUUUCUCACCUUAAGUUGCCUUUUGCUAGUAGCUAUAUCCUUUCUUCCUUGUAGCUAUUAGUAGCUACAUUUUCUCACGUUCAGCAUCUGGAUACUAGUAACUAUAUCUUUUCUUCCUUGUAGCUAUUAGAAGCUAGCGUUUCUUACAUUAAAUUGCUGGAUACUAGUAGCUAUAUCAUUUCUUCAUUGCAGCUAUUAGUAGCUAGCGUUUCUCACGUUAAGUAGCUGGAUACUAGUAGCUAAAUGCAUAUCCUUUUCUUUUUUGCAGCUAUUAGUAGCUAGCUUUUCUCACGUUAAGUUGCUGGUUAGUAGUAGCCGCUUAUACCAGUAGCCACUUUUCCAAUGCUUAACUUUUCUCUCUUUAAGUAGCCAGUUUCGAGUGAAUCAGCAGUAGUACCUAACUUUACUGGUCUGCGGUCACAUCCAAUUUCACAGAAACGUAGGCGGUACAUAUCUUGGUUUUGAAGAGAAUAUAUGAACAAGAUAUUACAGCGUACAAGAAAUUUUAUUUUAUUGACCAAUCAAGGGUCCCGGAAGGCAUUUUGACAUACAAGAGUAUAUUUUGAAUAUUUGUUAAGAACAAAGCAUGAAAAUGUCAUAAUACACAGUAAAACCACAAUAUUUUAAAUUGUCAUAAACAUUCAUGUACAGUAAAACAAAUAAUCAGGUUACACUGUAUCCAAUGUGAAUGCUAAUGAUAAUCAAGUUCAUGUUGUAUUUUUAAAAAUACAUCUACUCAUAAAUUUCCUCUUUUUUCAGAAAUAAAUUUUCCAUGCAAGUCAAAAUUUAUGCAAAAUUGGAUUAUUCUUAUGGUGACAUAUUAUUAAUUUGAUAAAUAAAAAUAUUCAAGAUAUCAUCGGACACCGGAAUAGUUGAAUUUCAUUGUGAAAUGAAGACCUGAAUCACUGCCUGAAUGUCCCUUUAUCUUUCACUAAGGCAACACAUUCCUAAAAAUAAACACAAAUAAUAAACAGCAGCAUUGCAUCAAGAACGUGCAUUUAUUCAGUGCGCAAUAUAAUGACCCAAUUUUAAAAGUAACAGCAUAGUUUCCUCUUUGAUAGAAUGGACGGUGCGUGGCUUGUGAUCGUAUUCUGCUCUUAUUUUGAAAUUGUUCUCUCUUUUCCCUCUGGUGUGAUACAAAGCGAACCAGAGACGUUCUCUCAUAGUAAGAUGACUUUAGAAGGAAUCUUCCAAACUACUUCUAAAUUUGUGGUGGCAUACGGUUUGAGAAAUAAGACUUUGGAUGUAAGUCAACAAAUUCCAGAUUACUUCGGAACAGACCAAGAAUCCUACUUGAACUACCUUAGAAUUAUCACCAGAAUUAUCGGAUAUGAAAACGCUAUCCAAAGAGAUUACGCCAAUGUGGCUUUCUACCAUGUUAACGGCGAGCAGAUUGAGAUAGCCCAUAACUACAUCCGAACUCUGAGACAGUCUAUACAGGAUCUCUCCAAAUCAGCUACCGAUGACGACAUCGAACAGAUUCGGGUGAAAAUUGGAGCUGCACUGUACACAAUUCAAGAAUUCUACAGCAAUACAAAUUGGAUAGAGUUAAGGGGAAAUGCCGUUUAUGAGGAUUUCGGGCAAGACAACGUUACUUUGGUAGAGGUCGCUGACUAUCAGGAAAAUACGUGUACUGACUGUGCAUAUCUGGAAGGGCUUACAAUAUGUGAAAACAAUAUAGCUAGUGAUGAACUGACCAGUGGCUACAAAUCAGGACAAGACGUGACCAAACCUCAGAGGCAGGGUCUGAGUGGAAAAUGCAGUCACGGAACACCGGAUGACGAUAGCCGCUUCUAUACUGCUAUUGGUGGUAUCUACAAAGGAAGGUCUACACAAAACAACGCUCCUCACAGCUUCCUGCAUGGUGCAGCGUCCGAUGCAGCAACUUCUGCGACAGAGUACUUCCUUAUUGGUGAAGGCAGGGGUAUUCUAAGUCUCGUAGGUGAAGAGGUCUUUCGAGAUGUCUUUGGCAUCCGGACCAGGGAGGAUAUAGUGAAGACGUCCCUAACCUUUGUUAUUGACGUCACAGGUUCCAUGGGGGAUGACAUUAAGGCCGUUGUAAGAGCAACACAGAAAAUUGUCAAUGAAGCAAAAGACUCUAAAUUCGUGCCAGAGAAUUAUAUUCUCGUUACAUUUUCUGACCCAGCAUCUUUAACUACUGGGAGAGAGACGACAAAUCCCCAGACCAUGAUCAGGUGGCUGGAGAAUCUAAGUGUGAACGGAGGCGGGGAUUGUCCCGAAUAUGCCAUGACCGGAAUGUUGAAAGGGAUAGAAAUGUCCAAUAGAAAUUCUAAAAUUUACCUGUGUACGGAUGCUGACGCUAAAGACGAGGGACUACAGAAGCGGGUGUCAGAGUCAUUGAGGGGAAAGUCUUUAACUCCCAUUUUUCUCCUCACUGGUCAGUGCUCUUCAAGGAAGAAAAGGGGGACUAUAGAUCAGUCCCAGAAACCCGAAAGUUUGUUCGCUAUUGUAGAAAGUACACAGACUCGUCGGGUAAAAAGGUCGAGCUUAAAAGUAUUUGAAGCAAUAGCGGAAGAAACUGGUGGAAGGGUCUAUGAAACAAAAGUAGCUGAACUUGAAACGAUCGUUGAAAAAGAGAUCAAGGACACAUUUCCAUCAUCCAAUGUGUUCAUUACUUGGUUUCUGAUUCCUGUCAAUUCCCUUGCCAAUGAAAACAUCCCUAUUCCAGUUGACAACCAUAUGGAUACGCUGAAGAUAGUUGUUGUGAAUGUUGCAACUGAGUCCGAAUUUUCUCUGUCUUAUCCUAAUGGUACAAGUGUUAUGUAUUCAUCUGAAAAGGAACAGAAAAACAUUUUAGACAACAUCUUGACAAUAUCAAUUCAGGACCCGGGAUAUGGUAUGUGGAGAUUUCACAGGAAUACACUCCGUGCCUGGACCAUAAAUGUUACUGCCCAAAGCCCUAUGGAUUUUUCAGUCAGUAUUCUAGAACCCAGCACGGGCGGCAAUUCUUACGAAUUGUUAGGGAAUCCAAUUAAAGGAUACAAUUACUCACUGGUUGUUGAUAUUCAAAAUCUGAGUCCGAACGCCUCUUGUUCAAGCGUUGGUCUGCUGGAUAACGAUGGCAAGGAUGUAGCUGAAAUUCCAGUGACGAGUGUUGACAUAGAGGGAAUCACUCGCUGUAUAGGAAACUUUAUCCCAUUCAAUAAGUCAAGUUACAUUCAGAUAAGAGGAACAGAUGAAUUAGGAAACAAAUACCUGAGGACAAAAAUGUACUCCAUUCAACCAGUCUCGGUUCAGCUACGCAUUGCGCCUGUUCUUGGGGAUUUGCGCCUCGGCGAAAGUAGGAAUAUUUCCUUCUCCCUCGAAAACACAGGCGAUUCUACUUCUCGCUUCAUCAUCGCUGUAUCGAACGACAAAAGCAACAUCAGCGUGCAGUCUGACGUUUUAGGUGCUGGAGAAAUUUACAACGCAGUUGUUAUGGUAACUCCAGAAACAUUGCAACCGAUAAUAUUGCAGUUUACCGUCAAGUUGGAAAAUUAUGCCGGGGUCAUUCAAACCCAAACACGGCGUUAUUCUGUAACAGACACGCGGACUGCAGACUGUACAGUUCUAAGUUAUCCGGAGGUGUGUCCAUUACAGUCUCUUAACACUGGGAACUGCUCGUCAUAUAACUGGACAGGUCAGGUCCAAGUCUCCUCAGCAACGAUCCGGCUAUCAGAAAUCAGAGUAUCUACAGAAGAUGUAGAGCUGGAUUACAUGAAAUUAACAGACGCCAACUUUUCCUUGCCUAUAACCAUCAGUGGUCAUUGCUGUGUCCAAUCAGUUAUACUCACCAUUAUAGACCAAAAUGGUUACUUCGAUCAAUGUAGCUUUGUGCUCUCCACACAACCCCUGACUGUUAUCCAGUAUACUACAGAGGAAGUUCUGACGACAACGGAGGCGGUAGAGGAUCCUAAGACGGAGGCAGCUGUAGGCGUGAUGUUCAUCGGUAUCGUCGUUGGAUCUAGUGUCGGUGGACUCAUCCUCAUCGCACUCCUCGUGGUGCUCAUCUACAAAACGAGGAAAGGAAGCAGAAAGGAGGAUAAAAUCAUUUUAUCAGAUCGUUAAAUACUUCAAAAGUAUCGAAUCGUAUGAAAACAGAAAACAUCACAGCAGAGACUAGUCAGUACUGAUACAGUGCAUUCAGGUUAAUAAGGAAAUUAAAAUAGCUUCGCUGUAUAUGUAUUAUCUGUCGGGUUAUUGAAUUCUAUGAUUUUAUUUCCAUUACUUUGUUCUACUUUGGUACAAUUAUUAUUUUGUAAUGAUUAUGCGUUUUCUAAUAACAGAUAUUUUACGUAUACAUGCGGGGGAAGGGGGAUAAUGUAGCGGUAAAACUCGCUCAUAGAUUUUACUUCAAUUUUUAAAACAGAAUUUUGAAUAUAUCAUUAAGUUAGUUUAUCUGAAGGCCAAGUUUACACACAUCAUAGUAUUUCCGUUAUGAUGCAUUAUAAUGAACGAUUUAUCCUGAACGUGGGUUUGUAAAAUGUUGCCUAGGUUAAGGUGUAUACGUGUAGUGUAUUUUAUGAAAUACUUAUCAUAUAUACAAUAAUGAGAUAGUUGUUGUUAAUAUAAUUAUACAGGCAUGCACUGUUGAAAUGUUUGAAGUAUAUUUCCUUUCAUUUGUAUAAAAUGAUGUAUUGUUUGUCCUCCAUGUGUACGUAAACCUAUUACAAUUCGGGAUAGUUUACGUAAUGAGCUUUAAAAACAAAAUAGAGAAUCGGAUUGAAUGAAUUCAAUAAAGACUUCUUUCAUGAUAAUGUUUACCCCAAUAGUUGGAAAAUGGCGGAUGUCUAUCACGUUUUAGAAAAAUAAGCCAUUUAUCAUUCACGAUUAUAUGCCUGUUUUACUUCCAAGCUGUUUUAGUAAAAUUAUGGAAAGAAUUAUUUUCCAACAUAAUUUUAAUCAUUUUCACUUGUAUAACUAGUUCUACAAAUCAAGCCGAAAUUUACCUUGUCGCUCAGUUUUUGGAAACUUAUCGCAGUAUUGUGAAUGUGUUUAAGACGAUAAAUCAUGUACAAAAUGUAGGGUUUAAUUGCGACUUAUUUAUUCACCUUUGAUAGAUUGUAGCAUAGAGGUUUUGUUUUUUAAAACUUUGACCUUCAAGUUUAUGAUAGAUCUGACAACCUUUUACGAUAGUUAGAUAGCUAUCUAUACCAUAGCUCUCAAAAGUAAUGUAAAGAUAAAUCAUCAAGUUUAGACAACAAUGUAAGCGAUGUCCCUUAUGUUAAGCAGUCAUUGUACAACCUAUUAUAUAUUCAAUGCAUCAUCAAAAAAUUUGUGUUGAAAAUAUAGAACAAAAGUUCAAUUAUGAUCUAACUAAUUUGCACAAAAUCUACAUUUUUUGUACAUAAACCAAGUGCUUUAUAACCACACAAUAUGAUUAGGGACCCACCUUUAGGCGCAAGCCUCAUAGCGAUAGCCAGUGCGCGCGCCCGUCCGUGCAUUGACAGUUUUCCGGAAUAGUUUGGCUGUCCAUGCAGCUAUUGACUUAAAAAAAUAUCAUGAAGUUAUAUAAAUGGGUUAUAGAUCGUGUUUGCGUUUGUGCUUUGCUGAGUUUUAUUUGAAAUCGUUUUGAACUUGGCAUAUAAUGUCACAAGACGGAGCCCUUAUGUAAUGUUUGCAAUCACAAAGGUAUCUAAUGCAUACUAAACUGGGAUACAAUUUUCUACUUAAUUAUGAUUAAUACAGAAGAAUUUUCUCUCCAAACGAUCCUGUAGCAAACAAGGGAAUGCCUAGAGAAUAAUGUAUUUUUAAAAACCCCUGUUUAAUCAAGAUGAGUUAAACAUAACUGGUAUAUAUCUAAUACUAUGUGGUGAAAAAUAACCAUGAAAUAUGAACUUCCUAUUUUUCAGCAUUUAAUACAUUUAUUGUUGAAUCUAGUAGAUUUCAUUUAUCAUAAAAUAAUUAAGAAAUAUCCUAUGAGCAAUUAUAUCAAUCAUUUUGUUGAUUAGAAAUUUUGCAUAACGAUUGUGAUAUUUAAUGACGUAGAAAGAAGUAUUUUCUAAUAUUAAACAAUAAGAUGUGUUUUAAAACAAAUUAAGCCAUGGAGCUUUUUACCAUCAUGAUAGGUCCUUUUUAUUGAUAAUAUUUUGGGGUAUAGAAUUAUUGAAGUCAUUGGCCGAAAAAGGACAAUAUUCAUUUAACCGAAGGCCGGACAACAGUACAUGUACAUGGUUUAUAAGUGUGGUAUUAAUGAAUUGUACUGACUACUCCUGGGCUUAUAUUACAUCAUAUUGACUCUUUCAAACUAAUCAGACAACAAGAGAUAUGUGUUCAUAUCUGUAAAAUGAGAUUGACCCUUCAGAGAUCAACGAUGUUUCAAUUCUUUUGAAUCAAUCGGAGAGAAGGAAAAUAGCUAUAGUCAUAUACUUCAAUGAGAAUCAUAUACAUGCAUCAUACAUUUCCCCCGUAUUUAGUUAAGGUAAUGAAUUAUCCCAUCUCGAUGUAUUUGCUGUCCCUUGUCGUUGAACGAAUUUAUUUGAUUUUCAGAAAAAACAUUCCACAGUAUCUCAUUUUGAAAUGUACUUAAAAUUGCAGCACGUUUUAAUUUAAGAAGUGUUUAAAACUUGUUAAAUAUAAGAAAUUAUAAGUAUAUCAAGAAAAACAGGACUAUGAUAACUAGCAAUGAUACAACACCGUUAUUGAUAAUAUACAUCUGGAUUUAGAGGUUAAUCAGCUACAUGUGUAUAUAUGAUAAAACAUAUGAAUUAGUAUUCUAUUCUGUAUAUUUAAAUGUAUUAUUCAUAACUGUAUGCAUUAUAUAAUUGCGUAAUUCUUUACAUCAGCGAAAUAAAGAAUGAAAUAAA